UCUCCUCUCCUCUCCUCUUUUCCUCUGUCCACACUUCGGGACACUUUCUCCAGCCGGACACACACCUCUCACACCUCUCACACCUCACAUGGCGCUGGACAUGAACACACAUGCAGACUGGAUAAUGCUUCGGAUCUGCAGCUUUCUGUGCGUCUGCGUUCUGCUGCUCACAUCCAGCGCGUGCGCUCAGACACACCGGCGACAGUCAUUUCCAUGUGGAGGCAACAUAACGGGAGAUUCAGGAGUUAUUGGUAGCCAGGGUUAUCCGGGAGUAUAUCCUCCAAACACCAAGUGUGUGUGGAGAAUCACAGUCCCACAAGGCAAAGUGGUGGUCCUCAACUUCCGCUUCCUCGAUCUGGAAAGUGACAACCUGUGCCGCUACGACCACGUGGACAUUUAUAGCGGGCAUGUGAACGGGCAGCGCCUGGGCCGCUUCUGCGGGACCUUUAGGCCUGGAGCCCUCGUCUCCACGGGGAACAAGAUGCUCAUUCAGAUGGUGUCAGAUGCCAACACCGCCGGCAGUGGCUUCCUGGCAGCGUUCUCUGCCGCUAACCCUCACGAACGAGGAGAUCAGUAUUGUGGAGGGCGAUUGAUGAAGCCAUCAGGAACCUUUAAGACCCCCAACUGGCCAGAAAAAGACUAUCCAGCAGGAGUCACAUGCUCAUGGCACAUAGUUGCACCGAAAAACCAGAUUAUAGAAGUGAAAUUCGAGAAGUUCGACGUCGAACGAGACAACUACUGCCGCUACGACUUCGUCGCCAUCUUUAAUGGAGGGGAAAUCAACGAUGCUAAGAGGAUUGGGAAAUACUGUGGAGACAGCCCACCAGCGCCGGUGUUCUCUGAGGGUAAUCAGCUUAUCAUCCAGUUCCUCUCAGACCUCAGCUUGACGGCGGACGGCUUUAUCGGCCACUACAGAUUCAGGAACAAGAAGAUCCCAACAACAACCAUCGCCCCAACCACAACCCCACAGCCCACCACAACCAGACUCAUACCUUUGAAGUAUUCAGCAGCACUCUGUCAACAGAAAUGCAAACGAAAAGGAAGUCCUGAGAGCCAUUACUGCUCCAGUAACUUCGCCAUCACAGGGACGAUUAUCACUGCAGUGCCACGUGCAGGAAGCAUGCACACUACAGUCUCCAUCAUCAACAUCUAUAAAGAAGGAAGCCUCGCCAUCCAGCAGGCUGGAAAAACCAUGAGCACUAAAAUCGUUAUCCUGUGCAAGAAAUGUCCUUCUGUCAAAAGAGGCUCUCUCUGUGUGCUGUCACUAGGCUUGAACUACAUCUUCAUGGGCCAGACGGACGAGGAGGGCCGCGGCCUGAUCGCGCCACACCACUUCGUCAUGGCCUUCAAGACCAAGAACCAGCGAGCAUUUAACGUGCUGAAGAACAAGCGGUGCUGAUCUCGCUCUUCCCUCCAUCUUAAUUUGUGUGGUCAAAACCCAGACAGUGAUUUCCUCCAUUAGGCUUUUUUAUCAGGACCAAUCAGCAAUCUGUGGGAGGAGAUAAUGGAGAAGUAGUAACAAAAAGAAGUGUAUAAUUAUAAGGAAGGAAAUCAGAAAUAAUGCUGGCCGACCUCCACUGCCAACACUGAAAGCGAGACUGAAUCCCAGCUUCCUCCUUUUCCCUGAGACCGCACCCUAAAUGUCCAUCUAUUAAAGUCUGAUUAAAAACUCCACCCACUGGGAUAGAGCUGUAAAAACUCUAAAAGUUGAAGUUGUAAAGUUGGAGUUUUGUCUCUCACUGCCCUGAAAUCAGAAGCACAUUUAUUUGCAGUUUUUUUAAAAUGUACAGUACCUACCUAGAUCGAUCUGUAGCAAUUACAAGUAAUUUCUGGUAUAUUUAUCCAUAUGCAUGUUGGAUAUUCAAGUACACUCUUCACCAUUCAAAGGUUUUUUGUUUCCUUGAAGAGUUCUACAUAGAAGAUGUAUGGGAUUGUAGAACACUUAAGGUUUUUUUUUUACAUGUAUUUUUGUAUUCUCAAACGUAGGUACAUUGUACAUAAUGAAUAAAACAUGUGGGGCGUGCUGUUAUGAUUAGCCGUAUCACAUCACCCUGCUGUUGAUUAUUUUCCAAUGAUAGCACGUCCUGAAAUGUUUAAUUCCUCUUAUCACACUGCAAUUUGCCAGCAUGAACAUUUUUUAUUAUUAAUUAAAGAAUGUAAUGUCCACAAAACAAGUCAAAGCUUACGUCACAGCAGCUAUAAACGGUAAUAAGAAAAAAAAAAAUCUUGUCAUGUUACAGAGAAACCACAAAGUCCUGUGUCCCGAAGACUUUCCUACUGUGGAAAAUAUAAAGUUAUAGCUGUUACAAAGUUCUGAAACUGGAGACUCCUUCCAUAAACCUCCUUAAAUAAACGUGUCCUUACAGAAAACCUCACCAUAUCGACGGUUAUAUAUUAUUCUUUGUUAAAUAUGAGCACGCUUUCUAAUACAAGUAGAAACGAUAGCACGUUGGAAUGAGCACAAAUCUGUUUAUGUAAAGACAUAAAACCAACAGGAGAGAUUAAAUCGUUGCUAAACUAUUUAUAAAUUAUGCGUAAAAAAUGUCAUAAUGAUACAGAUGCAAAAUAUUUACCAGAAAUUACUUGUAAUUACUGAAUACUAAGCUGUUAAACACUAGGUGCUCAUUGUACUAUCAAAUAAAGUGCUAAGACUAGAUAUUUGUUCUGGAAAGUUCUGGAUAAAUGACAAAAAAAAGCAAAAAAAUCUGCUUUGUGAUUAAGUCUGCUGGCGUAUUGAAACGUGAAUCCUGGACAGUUCAGCGUCAAGGCUAAAAAAUCCACAUCCAAGGAAUUUGCAGAUGUAUUAAUUUGAUGCAAGCCAACAUUCUUCCACUGUGGUUUCUGCAGCACAUUAUUCAGAUCCAUCUUCUUCACAAUAACAUGCACGUUAUGCAAGUUUAUCACUACAUAUUUGUAUACAGUCUAGAUUAGAGGGCAGGAAAAAAAGUUUUUCUGUAGAUAUCAGAAGUGUGGAGAAAACCCAAGGUGUUAGUGUUGCAUUUUUCAGGCGCACACGUGUUUACUGUGUACUUUUGAUUUCCUUUGUUCAACACGGAUGAAUGUACAAAAUCCGAGGUGCAUCUUAUGUGGUGACUAAAGUGCAAUAAUUUAGUAGCAACAUUCUGAAAUGUUUCGUUCAUUUUCAUUCUGAACGUAAAGAAAAACCAGCCUGUAGUGUGUGAAGGAUUCGAGCUGAUGUUCUAUUGUUAAGUGCAUACUGAAAUUCUCAUUAGAAAAUAUUUUCAUAUGAAACUGAUUCCUGAUAGUGAAUGUUAAUUUAUAAAUGAUUGUUUUUGUGACAAUUUGAAAUAAAAAUUCAUGAUCUGUU